GCCCAAUCCUUUCUUUAACAACUAUCUACAUCUACUUUCUAUCCAUUUGUCAACAUUCACAACAUCCAUUCAUUAUGGCUACCAGAAAGAAGCAUCUUCUCAAGGUUAUCAUCCUUGGUGACUCCGGGGUCGGUAAGACUUCGCUCAUGAACCAAUACGUCAACAAGCGAUUUUCUACACAGUACAAGGCUACCAUUGGCGCAGACUUUUUGACUAGGGAGUUGGUGGUUGAUGAUAGGGUCGUCACUAUGCAGCUCUGGGACACUGCCGGCCAAGAACGUUUCCAAUCCCUAGGUGUCGCUUUCUACCGUGGAGCCGACUGCUGUGUCCUCGUAUACGAUGUCAACUCCAACAAGUCUUUCGAAGCGCUUGAUGGCUGGAGAGAUGAGUUUUUGGUGCAGGCCUCGCCCCAUGACCCCGAGAACUUCCCUUUUGUGGUAUUGGGCAACAAGAUUGAUAUGGAGGAGUCUAAGAGGAUGGUGUCCCAAAAACGAGCAAUGACAUGGUGUCAGGCCAAGGGCAACAUUCCUUACUUUGAAACUUCUGCCAAGGAGGCUAUCAACGUCGAGCAGGCUUUCCAGACUAUUGCGAAGAAUGCUUUGGCGCAAGAAGCUGAGACUGAAUUGUAUGCCGACUACCCUGACCCAAUCAGGAUUGACUCCGAGAGCACACAGAACUACGGGUGUAACUGCUAAAAUCUCUUCCAUUUGACCUAAACCCUCAUUCUCAUCCUGUGGGAGAAUCGCAUCAAAUUGGUCACCCGCCUUUUUCAAGUGAUCCAUAAUGAUAUCCCAAUGCGUAUCAGCCACUAUCAGCCUUUGUUCCUGUUCUAUGUGCCCCUCCCUUCCCGAAUUUAUUCUCCCUAUUCCAUGACCCCGACUCUCUAAUUUAAUUUCAGACUUCUAUUCUUUCUCAGCCUUACGCGCUUUCUAUGGACUAGAAGAAAGAGUCAAGAGGUUAAAUUUAAUUAAUCUUUUCGUAUUGUAGAAUUUGUAUUAUUGAGGAUGCUAUGCUUGAAUAUGAAGA